AUGGCGCUCCGAUCCGUCGAGGGGGGACCUCGCCGUGGGCCCGUUUGUUGGAAUAUAUAUAAUAUAUAUAAUAAUAAUAAACCUCCUUAUCCCCCGAAGAUUUCGAGCGCAUCCGGCUCACCGGCCCCGCCCACGCGACGCGUGCCCCUCGCGGGCCGCGGCCACGCGGCAGCGAUCCUGCCGCCCGCGUCCGCUUGUCGCCGUGCGGCUCUCUCGGCGCCCCCACGUGAUGCUGGAUCCCACUCCCGCCCUCUCCCCCGCCGCACCGUGAACCCGUCGCCGCUCCCGCCGCAGCCCCCCAACUUCGGCCGCCUUCGCCGCUGCGUCCGCCGCUCCUGCUUCCUCUGUCUACCGUCGCGCCUCCUCCUGCCGGCUGCAGAGUCUCUUCCGCUCGCCGCCGCGCCUCCUCCGCGGGGGCCGGCCGCGGAGCCUUCUCCUCCCGUCGGUCGCAGCGCCGCCUUCGCCGGCCACGGAGCCUCCUCGCCGCUCUGCCCGCCGGCCGUGGAGCCUCUCCCGCUCGCUGCUGCGCUCGCCGGCCGCGGAGCCUCUCCCGUUCGCCGCAGCGCCUCCUCCGCGGGCGCAGGCCGCGGAGCCGCUUCCUUCCGCCGGCCACGGCGCCGCCUUCGCCCGUCGCUGAGCCUCCUCGCCGCUGCGCCCGCCCCUGCUUCUUCUACCCGCGGGCGCCGGCCACGGAGCCGCCUCCGCCCUCAACCGCGUCUCCUUCGCAGGCGCCAGCAGCGCUCCCUCCGCCCGGAGCCGCGGCUCCUCCCGCCGGCCGCGGAGCCGCCUCUGCCUCCGUCGCGUCCCCGUUCAAGCCUGUUCGUUGCCCUGGCGGCACCCUACGUUCCCGCCUCAGGCCGUCGGCUGCCUCGCCGCCACUCCUGCGUAUUCGCUUCCUACCGUGCCGUUGCUCCGCGCUCCCACCUGAGGCCGCUGGCUAUAGCGCCGCCACUCCGGCGCGUUCGCUACCUGCCGUGCCGCCGCUCCGCGCUCCUGCCUGAGGCCGCCGGCCGCCGCUCCGCCACUCCAGGCGCGGUCGCGGUCUACCGGGACGCCGCCACCCCGCGCUCUCGCUUCAGGCCGCCGGCCGCCACUCCGCCACUCAGGCGCCGUCGCGGCCUGUUGGGAUGCCACCCCGCGCUUCCGCUUCCGGCCGCCGGCCGUCGCGCAGCCACUCCGACGCGCUCGCCGCUUGCCGUGCCGCUGCUCUUGGCCACCGUUCUGCUGCUCCCGCAUGCAGUAGCCGGGUGCCGCGCCGCCGCUUCCGGCUGCCACGCCGCCGGUCCUGCGCGCACACGUCGACCGAUGUUCCCCUGGGCGCUGGACGGAAGCCGCGCUCACCCCUUCCCUGCUCGCUCACCGCAUGCCGUGCUGCUACCAGCUCUCACGCGCAUGCUCGCCAGCCAUCACGCCGCCGCCCGCAUGCGUUCGCUGCCAUGUCGACGCCCCGUCGCUCCCGCCAGCGCGUUGAUCCGCUGCCGUACGGCGCAGCGGAGCGCGCUACCUCGGUGGCACGCCUCCUCCGCCGACCGAGCGCUGCCACGCGCUCGUGCCGUCGCGCACCACUGCCAUCACGAGCUCCCAAUGCACCGCCUCGGUCGGCCGUCGCCACGACCCCCUUCCGCGCGUGCGGCGGUAGCACGCGUACCGGCCUAGUAUGGUGGGAUUGAAUUACUUUCCUGGGCCGGUCUGUUUGGCUCCACCCAAGAAAUAGAAAGCAACAUUCCAACCUUUUCCAACGCCCGAAAUUGCAGCCCACCUCAGAUUCCGGACACCGAGCGAGCGGCGGCGCCUCAUCUCGCCCCAUGCUGAGCGCCGCCUCCAUCGCCCACCUCGUCCAAAGCUGCAGAUGGCGCUCAGUCAGAGGAAGCCCCGGUUCUCGGUGACCACGCUCAUCUUCCUCCUCGCCGGCGUUUGCUGCUUGACUCUCCACGCUCCUCUGCUGCAACUGCGGGCCUUCCACCAACCUGCGCACGACGGAUCAAGUAGCGAAGCUGUUGGUGCGCAACAUCACACGGCGGAUCGAGGAGUACCGAGCUAUUGGCGCCUCGGUCCCUAAACCGCGCACGCGAUGACAACACAAAAUCAACAUCUCCACGCCAUCUUUGAUUCACCUCUUGACGUACUUGACCACGCCGCCUUUGUAGAGUGUGAUUUUGGACUUGCAGGAGGUUCAGGAUGAUGAGAUUGCUCUUCGCUAUGUGCCUUCUGAGCUUCAGUUGGCUGAUUUCUUCACAAAGGCACGGACUCGUGAGCAACAUAGUUUCUAUCUCUCCAAACUCAAUGUGAUUGAUCCACCUUGAGUUUGAGGGGGGUGUUAGAUGUAUACAUAUGUUUGUAUUUAUCCUCGUUCUAUAAGGGGUUUUGUGCAUAUUUUCUAACUCCUGUACCUGUAUAUAUUUGGGCCUAGAGCCCUCAUAUUGAAUACAAGUGCUAUUCAUAACAUCUACUACGUUAUGAUUCCAUCUAACCUCAUUUGUAAUCAUUUUUUAUUUCAUUGCGUCCAAAGUUCCUCAGAGUAGACACUACUCUGUCCAUGGAUAAUUCCGUGGUCAAUAAAUCUUGCUUCUUUUCUA